AUGGUGGACCAUCUUUCUUUGCCCAUGUUGAGGCACCCCAACCCAUAUCGCUUGCAAUGGCUCAACGAGAGUGGUGAUAUCAAAGUCACCAAGCAAGUGGUGGUGCUUUUCCGGAUCGGGAAGUAUGAGGACGAGGUUCUUUGCGACGUCGUUCCCAUGCAAGUUUCUCACAUUUUGUUGGGACGGCCAUGGCAAUAUGACAAGAAGACUACGUAUGAUGGCUUCACCAACAAGUAUUCCUUCUUGUACCAUAACAAGAAAAUGACACUGGUGCCUCUCACAUCCCAGCAGGUGCAUGAAGACCAACUGCGAUUGCAACAGGAGCAUGAGCGAGAGUUGGCCAAGAAAUCCAAUGACUCUAAAGCAAUCACUAAAGCACCAGCCGUGCAGAUAUCCACACCUAGUACUUCUAGGCGACUGGACAAGCGUCCAAGCUUGCUUGUAAAGAACAGGGAAGUUUGCAAGUUACUUUUAUCCAAGCAAGUUGUUUAUGUCUUAUACUGCAAGGAAGUGAUUCUACUCUCUCAUGAGGCACUCACUGACUUACCUCCUGAAAUCUCUUCCUUGUUGCAGGAAUUUGAGGAUGUUUUCCCGGACGAGAUCCCAAGUGGACUUCCCCCACUCAGAGGGAUCGAGCACCAGAUAGACUUCGUCCCUGGAGCCCGAACAGACCGGCCUACAAGAUGGGUCCUGAAGAGACUAAGGAGAUCCAAAGGCAAGUGGAUGAGCUCCUAG